UGUGGGGAAGGUUUUCCUGAUCAGAGCGAUAAAGAACCCCAGCACGUUCCUGUAAUCAAAAAACCAUACGAAUGCUCAGAGUGCGGCAAGCGUUUCGCUUUUCAGACAACCCUACAGAUCCACCAGCUCGUUCACACAGGAGAGAAGCCGUACCCUUGCUCGCAGUGUGGGAAGAGUUUUCAGCGACGGAGCAACCUCCAGACGCACCAGCGCAUCCACACCGGAGCGAAGCCCUAUCAAUGUUCACAAUGCAAGAAGAGUUUUAGGCGCAAAAGCCACCUGAAGAUCCACCUGCGCAUUCACGCUGGGGAGAAGCCGUUUUACGGGAAGAGUUUUCGACGCCCGAGUCACCUCCAAAUACACCAACGCAUUCAUACCGGAGAGAAGCCCUACCACUGCUCACAGUGUGGACGAAGAUUCCCGCAUUCGAGCACACUUAAGAUGCACAAGUGUGUUCACGUUGAGCCAUCGGUCACUGUGGUUUUGUGAACACCAAAGGACUUCCAGACUUUAAUGGGUUCCUAAGUUUUUUGUUUGUGGGAAUGUCUGUCGAGAUCUUCCAACAAUCCCACAAAGUGAUUCAGAUGUAAUUGCUAUAAAUUCUGUUUUGCUACAGACAGUU